AUGGACACUGUACCUGCAGCAUUACGAUGGAUUCAAUGGAUCAGCUUCACCAUGUACUCGAACAAGGCCUUGGUCCAGAACGAGUUUGAUGGUCUGGUUUUCCCAGGUGGUGCACUGUAUCCAACCAGUGAAGAUGUGAUUUCGACAUGUAAUGUUGGAAAUCCAGAAAUGUGGUACUGUAUUCUCAUCAAUGUCUUUAUGGCUUUCGCAUGGAUCCUACUUGCAUAUCUCGGGUUUGAUAAAACCUCGAAGCCGACGUUUCGUUUGAAAUAG